CCGGAAAUGAAGAAAUCACGUGAUCGUGACGUCACGUACUGUUGUCACUGACACUCUCCAGCCGAGCGCGUUUGUUAUUUAACCGUCCUUGUGUAAUUCGUAAACAUACAAACGGACCGUCUACUCCACAAUUUGUUGCAUCUGAAAAUGGCCACGGAUAAAAUUGCAUACACUCGGCUGGACAAUGAAUUAGUGCCGCCGUCGUAUGAAGAUACCACAUCAGGCCCGAACAUGUUCGUGGGCUCUCCCGGCGGUGUCCCGCUACCUCCGCCGUCCUAUGCUGAUACCACGUCAGGCCCGAACAGUUUCGUGGGCUCUCCCGGUGGUGUCCCUCUACCUCCACCGGCUGCUUUUGGGCCUGGUGUACCUGGAGCUUUCGGGAUGAGCACCAAAACAUCCUCGCCGUAUUCGCCACCUUCCUACGGCUUUCACGACGAUAUAUGCGCUGACCCUUCAGGUGAUGCUUACCACAGUGUGGAGGACCCGCCAUCAUUUGAUGAGAACGAAGACUUAAGUUUCGGACUGGAUAACAAAACCAUAAGAAGAGCUUUCAUUAGGAAGGUGUUCUUGGUGCUAACCGCUCAAUUGGCAGUUACGUUCACCUUCGUGAUGGUUUUCACCUUCGUAGCCCAAAUCAAAUUCUACGCAAGACAGAACUUCUGGCCAUACAUCGUGGCUUACGUCAUAUUCUUUGCGAGCGUGUGCGCCAUCAGCUGCUUUGGAGACCUCCGCAGGAAGCAUCCAUGGAACCUGAUUGCAUUAUCCAUCUUGACCCUGAGCCUUUCAUAUAUGGUGGGAAUGAUUGCCAGCUAUCAUGAAACGGACGUAGUGGUCAUAGCAUUGGGCAUCACAGCGGUGGUCUGCUUCACAGUGGUCAUCUUCUCUCUCCAGACCAAGUAUGACUUCACUUCCUGUUAUGGUGUGAUGUUCGUCUGCUUGGUUGUCCUUAUCCUCUUCGGCCUGCUAUGCAUCAUCAUGCAGAACAAGGUCCUGCACAUAUUCUAUGCUGGACUGGGAGCCUUGCUUUUCACCUGUUUUUUGGCAGUGGACACCCAGCUACUGCUCGGCAACAAGAAGCUGUCCCUGCAUCCGGAAGAAUAUGUCUUUGCCGCACUCAAUCUGUAUAUGGACGUGAUCAAUAUCUUUCUCUACAUUCUCACAAUUGUGGGAAGGGCCAGGGGCAACUGAGCGACAGAAAGUGGGAGAGAAUGACAGAGUGCCGUUUUUGCUGAUUUGUGUUGGUGGAAGUGAGAUCUUGUCACUUUUUCUUUGUUGCAAAUCAUAGUGGUAAAUUAUCUUUUUUUUUUUCAUCUUGUCUUUUUUAAAAAUCUAAAUGUUAAUCAGUGGUGAUACUAUUCUGAAAGUUUAUGUAGAUUGUAAUAUUUUUCCUCAUUAAACCUUUAAGUACAUCCCA